CCUUGAGCUGGCCCCGUCCGUUUAAACCGAGAACACCCAUACCGACUUCUCAAUGCAAAAAUUAAAAGGGAACCUAGAAGCAGGGACUAGGGGAACGAAAGGGGGUGUAAAUAGAUUACGAAAGCUCUUGGUCUCUCUCUCUAUCCGCUCUCUCCUCUCUUUUAGUAAAUGAAUGAAUGAAUGAAUGAUUAAUUAGGACAUAAAUAGGCUACACGGAAUCCACCGGGACAAGGAGACCUGCUCCAAGCUUUUGAUAUUAAUUUUAGCCCAAUGAGACAUAUGUAUAUUUAUUCAUGUACAUAUUUGCAUUGGUAGGACUACAAGCAGGACCAGCAAGGCUUUUUAGAUUAUUAUUUUUUAAUCAAUAGGCUACUUCGUUCGGAAGCUUCUAUACAACGGCCACCAAGAUUGCGCUGCUGCUGCCGCCGCUGUUACCACAACUCAUUGCUGGUCCGAAGAUGGCAACUUUAACAAAUGGACAGGUGGACGGCACAAACGGGCUAGUGAACGGAUUAAGCCACAGCCACAGUCCAGCGGGCUGCGGGGGCACCAUCCCCAUGAAGGACCACGACGCCAUUAAACUGUUCAUCGGGCAAAUACCGCGCAACCUGGACGAGAAGGACCUCAGGCCGCUCUUCGAGGAGUUCGGCAAGAUCUACGAGCUCACGGUGCUCAAGGACCGCUUUACGGGCAUGCACAAAGGCUGUGCCUUCCUUACCUACUGUACCAGAGAGUCGGCCCUGAAAGCUCAGAAUGCCCUCCACGAGCAGAAGACCCUGCCAGGGAUGAACAGGCCUAUCCAGGUGAAGCCUGCGGACAGCGAGAGUCGAGGAGAAGACAGAAAACUCUUUGUGGGCAUGCUCAACAAGCAGCAGUCUGAAGACGAUGUGCGAUGUCUCUUCGAGUCCUUCGGCAGCAUUGAAGAGUGCACCAUCCUUAGAGGUCCUGAUGGAAACAGUAAAGGUUGUGCGUUUGUAAAGUACUCCUCUCACGCUGAAGCUCAGGCAGCUAUCAGUGCACUACACGGCAGCCAGACAAUGCCUGUGAGUUCAGUAUUCAAUAUGGGUGCAUCCUCAAGUCUGGUGGUGAAGUUUGCCGACACAGAUAAGGAGCGCACCAUCCGGCGCAUGCAGCAGAUGGCUGGUCAGAUGGGUAUUUUCAACCCCAUGGCCCUGCAGUUUGGGGCCUACGGGGCCUAUGCACAGGUGCAGCAGCAGCAGGCAGCGUUGAUGGCGUCAGUCGGGCAGGGGGGCUACCUCAGCCCCAUGGCAGCCUUUGCCGCUGCACAGAUGCAGCACAUGGCCACCAUCAACGGCCUCCCAGGGGGGCACAUGACCCCCACGUCAGGUGGCAGUACCCCCCCUGGUAUUGGCGCACCCACAGUGACCAGUAUCCCCUCGCCCAUCAGUGUGAAUGGUUUCGCUGGGAUGCCCCCCCAUCAGGCCAAUGGGCAGCCCACUGCCGAAGCUGUGUACACCAACGGGAUACACCCCUAUCCUGUGUUACAGGAGGUGGUUUUUAGAGAGGACUCUGAGAAAAACGGUUUGGCUCAGCGGAGUUGUUUUGGAGUUCAGGGUGGCUGCUUCCUCUCUUCUCUCUCUGAAGCAGCUCAGAGUCCCACUGCAGCAGAUCACCUACAGCAGGCUUACACAGGAGUCCAGCAGUAUGCAGCAGCCUACCCUGCUGCAUAUGGCCAGAUCAGCCAGGCCUUUCCCCAGCCUCCUCCCAUCAUCCCACAACAGCAGAGAGAAGGGCCGGAGGGCUGUAACCUGUUCAUCUACCACCUCCCUCAGGAGUUUGGGGAUGGCGAGCUGAUGCAGAUGUUCCUGCCUUUCGGUAAUGUCAUCUCCUCCAAAGUGUUUGUGGAUCGGGCGACAAACCAAAGUAAAUGCUUUGGAUUUGUGAGCUUCGACAACCCAGGUAGUGCCCAGGCUGCCAUCCAGUCAAUGAAUGGCUUUCAGAUCGGCAUGAAGAGACUCAAGGUGCAGCUCAAGAGGCCGAAGGACGCCAACCGCCCCUACUAGCCACUCCUAGCCACCCCUGCCCUGGGGGAUAAGGCAGAUGCUGCACACAGGGAAACACAGGUUUUUGUUGAGCUGGAACAUAUGUUGAUUACAUGAACAACGCCAUUGAACUGAAGGAUCACCGGGACACAGGUUUCUUUGAGGCUGGUAUGAAACUGGAUCAAAUACUGGGCUGAACAUUAAGAAAUAGAUGACCAAGUAACAGAAAAUUCUGUUGGAUGUACCUUUUGGACCUCAGAAAACUCCUGCAAGCCUGGGUAGCUCCAGGGCGCCGACUGUCUUUAUCGCCUCCCCUCCUCUCUCUCUCUACCUAACCACACCUGAACGACAGCUACCUUACAGGACCACAAGUGAGGUAUUAUUUAAAUUAAAUAAAAAACAGAACAGAGAUGGAGGAAACAUGGAUGAUAAGAGUUCCAAGAAUUAAACAAACUUUGAAAAAUACUUUAUGGGGGAAUGCCAUAGGAUAUCUCUAUGUAAAUGUGUUUGGGUAUGGGGAAACAACUUUUUAAAGAACAAUUUUACAGGACGAGAAACAACGAAAGAAUAUGUUUCUCGGAAGAAAGAGCUUUGUAGGGAAAGCGAUAUUUCAUCUUUAGCUUGGAGUGCCUGUCUGUUUCCAGGGGACACCGUUGGCAAGGAGAGCCAGAGCAACGGUCUCCAGGGAGUCUUACCUGUCAUUCCUUAGUUGUUUUAGGGACCAAAAGACCAAACGUUUUUAUUGCUGAGGACUUGCAGCUCUAUUAAUAUACUCAGACCACUGCAUCUCUUUUAAAUCGCUGUUAACCGAUUAAAGAGUUGCAUUUAAAAGGUGUACAGAGUGUAUACACACACACACACACACACACACUACAUGUGUACAUACAUAUAUAUUGCUGAUAUGCUUUUUGAAUACAGCCAAAACUAUUUCCGAUGACCGAUGGGGUCGCUCACUUCACUAGUUUACAAUUAACUAUUCAAAAUGUUAAUUUUUUCCCCCUUCUCAUUUUCUCUUGGGGGAUGACAUGGAGAGUGCAUGGGAAGGUUUGUUCCAUAUUGCAGCCUUACCUUUUCUAACAUGAAAUCCUAACCUCAUAGUUAAAACAACAUAAUGUUUUGAAAUAUAUGAACUUGUUUAUAUUUGCAGUACAUAUACACUACCAGUCAAAUGCUUGGACACCUACUCAUUAUAGGGUUUUUCUUUAUUCUUACUAUUUUCUACAUUGUAGAAUAACAGUGAAGACAUCAAAACUAUGAAAUAACACAUAUGGAAUCAAGUAGUAACCAAAAAAGUGUAAAACAAAUCAAAUAUAUGUUAAAUGUGAGAUUCUUCAAAGUAGCCACCCUUUGCCUUGAUGACAGCUUUGCACACUCUUGGCAUUCUCUCAACCAGCUUCAUGAGGUAGUCACCUGAAAUAAAUUUCAAUUAACUGGUGUGCUUUGUUAAAAGUUCAUUUGUGGAAUUUCAUUCCUUCUUAAUGCAUUUGAGCCAAUCAGUUGUGUUGUGACAAGGUAGGGGUGGUAUACAGAAGAUAGCCCUAUUUGGUAAAAGACCAAGUCCAUAUUAUGGCAAGAACAGCUCAAAUAAGCAAAGAGAAACGAAAGUCCAUCAUUACUUUAAGACAUGAAGGUCAGUCAAUCCAGGAAAUGUCAAGAACUUUGAAACUUUCUUCAAGUGCAGAAGCAAAAACCAUCACGCGCUAUGAUGAAACUGUCUCUCAUGAGGACAGCCACAGGAAAGUGAGGAUAAGUUCAUUAGAGUUAAUUGCACCUCAGAUUGCACCCCAAAAAAUGCUUCACAGAGUUCAAGUAACAGACACAUCUCAACAUCAGCUGUUCAGAGGAGAGUGCGUGAAUCAGACCUUCAUAGUCAAAUUGCUGCAAAGAAACCACUACUAAAGGACACCAAUUAGAAGAAGAGACUUGCUUGGGCCAAGAAACAUGAGCAAUGGACAUUAGACCGGUGGAAAUCUGUCCUUUGAUCUGAUUUUUGGUCCCAACCGCCAUGUCUUUGUGAGACACAGAGUAGUUGAACGGAUGAUCUCCGCAUGUGUAGUUCCCACCGUGAAGCAUGGAGGAGGUGUGAUGGUUUGGGGGUGCUUUGCUGGUGACACUGUCCGGAAUUUAUUUUGAAUUCAAGGCACACUUAACCAGCAUGGCUACAGCAUUCUGCAGCGAUAUGCCAUCCCAUCUGGUUUGCGCUUAGUGGGACUAUCAUUUGUUUUUCAACAGGACAAUGACCGAAAACACACCUCCAGGCUGUGUAAGGGCUAUUUGACCAAGAAGGAGAAUGGAGUGCUGCAUCAGAUGAUCUGGCCUCCACAAUCACCCGACCUCAACCCAAUUGAGUGAACAGUGAAAGAAAAUUAGACAAGUGCUCAGCAUAUGUGGGAACCCAUUCAAGACAGUUGGAAAAGCAUUCCUCAUGGAGCUCGUUGAGAGAAUUACAUUUACAUUUAAAAAAAAACAUUUUUAGUCAUUUAGCAGACGCUCUUAUCCAGAGCGACUUACAGUAGAGUGCAUACAUUUUAUUACAUUUUACAUACGGAGACAAGGAUAUCCCUACCGGCCAAACCCUCCCUAACCCGGACGACGCUAUGCCAAUUGUGCGUCGCCCCACGGACCUCCCGGUUGCGAGGUCAAGAGUGUGCAAAGCUGUCAUCAAGGAAAAGGGUGGCUACUUUGAAGAAUAUAAAAUCUAAAAUAUAUUUUGACACUUUUUAACACUUUUUUGGUUACUACAGGUGUGUCCAAACUUUUGACUGGUACUGUAUAUGUAUAACACACAUUAAAGCUAAUGUAUUCAUAUAUAUAUAUACACAUAUAUACAGUAUAUAUGGAUAAAGAUAUUAAUCAAAAUAAUAUAUGUAUUUAUAUGCACAUAUUUUAUGUAUGUGUGUCUGUAUAUAGAACGGCUAUUGACUAUGUUGAGCUGUCAUUUUUUUGUAGAUUUUAGCUGGAGUUUGAAACACUGCUCUGCUUAGGAAGAGGCGCAAAUCUGGCAGCUCCCAAAACUGCAGUCAUUCCUCUCUCUGAUAAACUAUAUAUGCUGAUACACACAUAUUCCUAAAUAUAUGUGUGAAGCACAGGAGGAUGGUGGCACCUUAAUUGGGGAGGAUGAGCUCGUGGUAAUGGCUGGAGCGGAAUCAGUGGAAUGGUAUCAAACACAUGGUUUCCAUGCCAUUUCAUUCCUCCGUUCCAACCAUUAUUAUGAGCUGUGCUCCCCUCAGCAGCCUCCACUUGAUGUGAAGAUUCACAUAUUUAGGUGAACAUACUAUUUGAAAAUGCAAAAAAGCCACUUCUCAGUAGCAGGCUCAAAGAGAAAUCAGGCUAAAUUAAUAUUAGAGGUAAAGGACAAACAUCUUCGACUCGAUUCCAAACCUAUCUUUUUAACUUCACAGUACACUACACAAACUUAACAUGUACAAACUAAGUGUGCUCUUUGAAACAUGAACCAAAAUAAAUGAAUACCAUGACCUUUUCGCUCUCUUAAUUGCAUUCAGUAAGUAAGUGCAUAUAGCGUAUGGGCUGUCACCACAGGUGUGCCUUGUCACCUGCAGAAUCUGCCAUCAAGCACUGUGCUCUCAAGCACUGUGCCCUAGGUUUCCAGAAAUCGCGGUUGGAGGACUCCUGGAAUAAGGAGGGAAUAAGCAGGACAUCCAGAAUCCUCCGAACAGGAUUUCUGGAAAACCAGGAAAUUUAGUGAACGUUCCAGGAAUUUUGCAACCCUACUCAUAACACUACUGUAAGCAGCCAACGCACUACGAUGAUGUCAAUACUGCAAGUCGCAUCAGUCAUGUCAUUUCACAUUUCCAUAGAGAGCUUUAGCAGUAAGGCAUGUCAAAGCUAACAAAUCGUUCAGAUGUUAAGACCAUCAAUGUCCUCUCAAACAUCCAUAAAGUACCAUGAACUACUUGGACUAGCAUUAAGUACUCGGACAAUCACAGACUAAUUGUGAUGUUUAUUUGUCAUUACACUUUCUAUCAAAGUGGGCAUUAUGUACUCUCCGCGAGAACACGUACUAACUAAAGGGAGUGCUUGGAAAUGCUGUGCAAGUAUAAGAAACCUUGAGGUUGUGUUCCAUUAGGUUUGGUCUAAAUUAAAUUGAUGAUAACAGAGGUUAAAAUGCCUGUCAUUGUGAAUUGUAUGGUUAUAACUUAUUGGUGAAGUUUCAUGAUGUUAAAACAAACUGCAGACCUAGAGAAGUGUUUUUUCUACUGUACACAAAGAAACCAGGAAGUGUUUUUUUAAUGUAAACAGCCAGCACCAAUUCAGCCAUUGUUGUAUGGAGCUCUGUAACUGUUUCUCGCCACACCAUUCCAGUGCCUGCGUCUAACCUUUCCUAAGACAAGGAUGUAGUGGUAAAUAAAAGGUGGGUAAACACUGAAUGCCGGUCGAGACUGCCAGGCAGAUCCCAACGCCAAUACUAACAGUGUUAAUUCAGCGCACUAGGUGCAUAACUGCUAAACAUCAUAUCAAAACUGUUUUUACCUGCAACUAGCCUCUACUACAUCCCUGCAACAAGGUCCAUCUCACCCUGUCCCCCCCCGAUGCAAACAGGCCUAAAACUCUCCUUGACACAUCCAUAUUUCUCUGGGUUUGUCAAGUCCAGUGUUUCCAAAACACCUCUCUUCAUUAUUUAUCAACGGUCAACCCUAUCUUGAGCUCUUGAGAUGUUCCCAUUGGCAUCAAUCAAUUUAUGAUUUACUUGAAAUUCAAAGUUUUAUGAGUAUCUCAAGUUAGGAUUUGAAUCCUAAGUCACUUCAAUACCAGCUUUUACUCAGCUCACUCUCUCCCUCCUUUCAUGUACACUUUCCCCUUGAAAUUCAUCCCUUACUCACCAUUUUGUUCUGUUUUGUCUUAUUUCCCUGCUUGCUCCCCUCUCUCUGCUUAGUUUCAACCGAAUUCCAAGACCUGAGAGUACUGGAUAGGUGUCAGCAAUAUCAUGGAAACUCCCUUUGCCUUUCAAGUAGGCUAUAGAGCUAUUAGUGCGUUUCUUAGACCUAUCCCAAUGUUUUCUAAUCGAGCGAAUGAAGGCAGAGGAAUGACUGGAAUUGAGCACCUCUUUCACAAGCUCUAACUUUCAGCUGCAACUGUUUACAUAUAAAUUGAGAGAACAGUGGUUAAAAAACAAUGAGAAACAAACAGAAGUUUGAAUAUAAAUAUCUAUAAAUAUAUACAUAAACCGAUGAAUAUACUGUAAAUGUUUUUGUUGCUCUGUUUUCCUCUGUACAUAGGUUUGCAUAUUUUAUAGGACUUUUACUUCUAUCUACAAGGACUGAAUAAAAAUUCAACUUUAAAUACUUUAAAAAGAUGAACGAAAACCUACAAGAAAUUAAACCAGGUUUUUAAAAAGAGUCCAUAGGCAUAUGGUACAACUGUAGGACCUGACCUAGGCAUUUAACCAGAAAAGUCAGGGAGAGCAUAGAACUCAAUUAGAGCAUUGACCUUUUUAUACAAGUAUUUUGGGGUGUCUUUAAUUUAUUUAUUUACGUAUUUAUUACUUCUGUUUACAAACGAUACGAUAUGCAUGAUUUCAUGGCAUUAUUUUUUUUAUGAGUUGGUAUGUGACCAAAUCGUUUUUUUAUAUUCACGUAUAGGCCUACAUUGUGGUACAUUGUUGACUACUGUUAUUGUCUACAGGAUCACGACUCCAACAAUAAACUGAGAAAUAGAGAUUAUGCUCAUAUUUGACAAUUGUUUUGUUAAGUAAUCUGAGGUUUUUCUGCUGUUCUUUUUCCAUUUGUGAUGCUGUUUUAUUCAAUAUCAGAGCUCUACUGUUCUACUUCAUCAUACCACACAUUACCCAAAUGUAUUUAAAUGUAUCUCAACUGGUCAAUCUUUCUAGAUGAUUAAUGCUUAUAAGUCCAUUCAAAUUGCGGUAUAUUUGUAAAUGUUCACAUUCAAAUUGAGAAUUCAGCUAAAUGUGGCAGCCUAUAGGUUGCAAUGACAAUAACAUGACAAUUUACUGUUUCAAAAUGUAAAUAAAUACAAUUAAACCUUUCCAGAAAAACAUCAAAACCUUGUUAGCUGUGAAUGUGUUGAACAAUUUGAAUGGACCUUUGCUGUUUUAUCAUUCCGUUUCAACACUGCUCUGUUGUCUAAGCUCUUGUAACACUUCAAAAUAUGGGAUAAACAUUAGGCUAUUACAUAGCCUAUAAGGACAAGUAGUAAACUAAGGUUGCUAAAAUUGGAUGUCUAUCCAUGACAGAGGAAUUGCCUCUCGUUGCUGCUUAUUUGAAACCGUAAUUAGCUGAUUAGUGCCAAUUAGUAAUUAUAAUACCUGGUAAAAUAAGGAUGGAAUAAAAAAUACAAUUAAAAUAAUUAUAAAUCCCACGUACAAUGUGUCCCUUAUUUUGAGGUGUUAGGAGUUCUGUAUUAAUCAUGUUAUAUAUUUUUUUAAUGUCUUAUAGAGCUCUGGUGUUGUGCAAGUGUUCAGUUCUAUCCAGGGUAAAACACCCAUCAAAAACUGCACUAUUUCAUCAAAUAUUGUUACCAAAUUUCUGAUCAUUUAUUCUACCUUCAAUGCUGUUAUUAAGUGUUUAUUCCUACAAGCUAGUGUUCUUAGGAGAAUAACAUUAACUUCUUCAAUGGAUUCAAAAGUAUUCUGAAGACAAUUUCAGCACAUGAAGGGGAUGGGGAAUUGAAUGUUACGUGUUGAGCUUUGCCAUGUCUGAUGAGGUAGGCUUCUCAUUGAUUAAUGCGCUUUAGGCUCCGGCCCUCUUCUCUGGUCCCUGGACUCUUUUGUAAUUUUAAUGAAUGAUGCGUCUCAGCUUAGCUCAAUAAUAAAGCACAGUCUAGAAUA